CCCUUCCAGACAGAGACUGACCAGACCUUUCUGGACCUAGGAACUGUGCAGAGAGAAGCUAUGCAGCCUGUUGCCCACCCUGGCCUGGCUGCUGGCCGUUGGGACCUCCACCCAGCCUCCUGAAGGGUGCCAGGAGAUGCGUUCAUCCUGGAUGCAUGAAUGGCUGAAAGGGGCCAUUCCACUCCCUGAGCUGAGGAGCUGCCCCCUCCCCCCCUCAUUGCUGCCUUGGCUGCUCAUCAAGAGUCCUCGCCCCUGGCAACCCCUUGAGGCUGAGCCCAGGUCCUUAGCCUGACUCCGAGGCCUCAGGUGAUGGGGAAACUCCAGGGCUGCCGUUGGCUAAUCAUCGGGGCCAAAACCAGAGGUGCAACCCACACCAACUCCAGAGAUUGCAAACCAAGGGCUCAUUCCCAAGGCCACUCGCAUCCCGUAGAGCAGCCAGUUGUGCAAAACGCAGCAGCCACAGCAGUUGUGAAAGAUGGCUGGCCACUUCCAGUUGCUCUCACUGGUCAGCUCUUCCAUCCCCCUCACCCGGUCAGCAUCCACCCUGCUUCUGGCAAAUGGGUAUCUUAGACACAAAGGCUGGACGCACACAUCGGGUGAGACCAUAGUCACCACAACUGAGUUACUGUAAUCUAAGGACCACCCAUCAUGACUGGAUUCACCGUGUGACACCAGGCCCAAAGCAGAUACAUCAUGUGUGAAUGCAAAGAGUCUGGCUGGGUAGACCUCUCUAACAGGCCCUGCUGAGCUCCAAAGGGUUACCUGGAUUCCCUCAGGCACAGUUUGAGCAUUUUGGAACUGGGGGUGGCCAUCUUGGUCCACAAACAACUCCAUUGCUCUGUUUUGAAUCGGGACCCUUAUCUCUGCCUGGGAAGAGCAAGCAGGGGCUCUACCCCUCCUAUCCCCAAUGGGCAUUCACACCCACUUCUGCCUCCACUGACCCCAAGGAUGGAUCCACAGGAUGGUCUCCCCUUUGUCUUCCAAGGCUGCUGUUCAGGUUGCUCCGCGUCCCACCCCAGCCAGCUUCUUGCACGGCACACUCAGCCCUCAGCAAUCCUCCUCAGCACGUUUUCUACACUCCAUUUUAAAACCCAAUUUUGAAAUCUGAGUGACAAUUCUAUAAUUGAGAAGUCACUGGGCAUCCCAAGGAUAGACUCAGUACUUUGGGCAAGAGGCAGUGAGUCUCCAGCUAAAAUCCAACUGGUAAAUUCUUGGCAAACCUCCAAGCUUAGCAAGUUCAACCUGUUGACCAUCCAAGAGUUGAGCAAUGGUUCUGUGUGGGAAGGAAGGAAGAGCAAGCCCUGCGCAACAGUUCCUGUGGCUUUGAUGAGCCAAGAGCUGCCGAGGCUUCGUUUCCCAGGGUGGAGUCAGCAACGCUCGGAGCAUCCUCUCCGCUCCCACCAGGGCAGGGCCCUUGCAUCGCUGCAGCCAAGUGGUGAGGGGGGCAUCUCCUCCCCUUAAUACCUGGUACAGUUUCAAACUGAAGGAGAACCCGGAUACGCCACGGCUCGGAGGGAGUUUAGAGGCUCUUCCAAGCCACCUUUGGACUCAGUUCAAGGCAGCAGCAUGAAGCUAGUGGCCAUCCUGCCUGGGCUGGCCUUGAUGCUCCAGGCAGCAGUGGCCCUGCAAAUCUGUGCCUUCAACAUCCGGAGUUUUGGAGACACCAAACUGUCAGACCAGAGUGUUUCCAAAAUUAUUGUGAAGAUCCUGUCCCGGUACGACCUUGUCCUAGUGCAAGAGGUGAGGGAUACUGAUCUCAGUGCAGUCCAGGAACUGGUGAAGCGACUCAACAGGGCUUCCAAGCACUCUUACGACUACGUGAUCAGCGAGUCACUGGGCCGGGAGAACUACAAAGAGAUGUAUCUCUUCCUGUAUAGGACACAGAGCUUCUCUCUUGUGAACCAGUACCAGUACCCCAACCCUGACAGCACCUUCAGCAGGCCUCCGUUCAUUGUGAAGUUUGCUGCUUCUGGCUCAAAGAACGAGCUGGUACUGGUGCCCCUUCAUACUCCCCCAAAUGAGGCUGUGGCAGAAAUCGAUGCUCUCUACGACGUCUAUCUGAAAGUCAUUGACAAGUGGCAGACUGAUAACAUUAUGUUCCUGGGGGAUUUUAAUGCCGAUUGCAGCUAUGUGGGGAAGAAAGACUGGAGCUCCAUCCGUCUGCGCACCAGCGAGGUCUUCAAGUGGCUCAUCUCAGAUGACAUAGACACCACCGUGGGCAACUCUGACUGUGCCUAUGAUAGGAUUGUUGUGAGUGGCUCGAAACUGAGGAAGUGGAUUGUGCCCAAGUCCGCUAAAGUGUUUGACUUCCAGAGGGCUUUCAAGCUGAGCCAAGAGGAGGCUCUGGCUGUCAGUGAUCAUUUCCCAGUAGAAGCAGAGCUGACAUCCCCCUGAAGUGCUCUGUGGCCAGGCUGCACUGCUUUACCAGGAUGGGCCGAGAGGGGGUACAGGGCAUCAUGCCACAGCCCCAACCACCCUGCAGGAGCCAGUGCCACAUAUCCUGCCUUGCAAGUCACCUAUGGAUUUCCAGCGACUUGGGUUCCUUCUGAGCCUCAUGUUGACUGGGAUCUGGGCUCCUGAAGGAAGGACUUCCACGUUUCUGAGCUGGAAAUGCGCUUGGAUGUCCUGCACAACUGCUUCAGCCUGAGCGGUAGCGACUGCCUCCAACAAAAGCCCAUCUUUCCAGCUCUUUUUCUGUUGGGUCUCCCUCGCCUCCUACUUUCCAGCCCCUGCUAAGCCAGAGGCAAGCAGAGGCCGCUAGAAAGACCAGGAUGCCUGCUUCCCAGGUCAGGUCUCCCUCCAGCCAACUGAACAGGCCUUGUCCUUUCACACAACUGAAGGGGGUCCAAGUGGGGAAGGCUGCGAUGUGGUCUUGUAACAGGCCGGAGAUAUAUAGCAUAAAUCCUUACUUGGCUACAAAAAUUUUUUGUGUAAUGAUGGAUUGUGCAACUAUGCCUACAGCUUUUGGACAAACAGCGUGAUAAAAAAAAAUACUGGCUCAGCAAAACAGUUGAGUUCUGCUUUUUUUUAACAAAGAAUUUCUGCUCAGGGUGCGGAGUACAGAACAGCCACCUGGUGAACUUUAAAAGCCAUUCAAGCCGCUCGGGGAAGGCAAACUCUGCUCCCCAGUUCCUGUAACUGAUGAGAACAAUCCCUGUGCAAAUAAAGCAGCUUGAGCAGCUCUUUAGAACAUGCAA